AUGUUGCAAACAUACACAGUCAAAUCACCUUUACAACCACCAUACACCGGCCCAUUUCAGGUGCUGAGUAGAAAUAAGCAUACUGUGGACAUAAUGUACAAUGGUGUUCCGACAAGGGUAUCGACUGAACGUGUCAGGCCAACAUGGGUUUUACCCUCUCCGACCUCUGAUACCACGCCUGUACAUCAACACAUGAUGGACGCAGAGCAUACUGAAACACAGCUCAGCACAUUGUCUGAGACAGGUGAAACACCACCACAAACAACAACGUCACUGCCCACGGGACACCUGAUGCACACCAGAGCUGGCCGUCGAAUAAAAUUCAAGUGUUAA